CGAAAAUGUUGCGGAAUAUCUUGGGCCAGCCAUUAUUAAUUGGCCUGUCCUCAGGACUGCACGCCUAAGUUAGGAACGACAUCGUACUCGUAUUUCACAGACAGUAAGUGCCCCGUGCCACAAUAUCAGGCAUCCCUCGAGCACCUCUUAGUUGCCCGACAACGUCCGAUUAUACAAGGACUCUGAUGAUAAAACCCCUUGAUAUGAUUGAUCUUGCACAGUCCAGCUUCAACAACAGGACCGCCUUCAUUGAGCUGAAAAGGACUACAAGAUUGGAAUCUUGAACGGCAACAGGUAAAAACCCUAGCACUGUCACCAACAUGCGACAUCCCUGGAGAGCCUUUUUCACACACUCAACCAUCGCACUUGCCCAACCUACGUACCUGGCUGUGCGGUAUCUGAUCGACCAUCAAUACUUCAGGCGGGUGCAUCCAGCGUGGUUUGCUGUUACCGCCGUGUCGUGGUACUGGAUAAUCACUCGCAUCACCAUCCCUUUCUUCACCAACCCUCUUCGUUAUGUACCAUCACCACCAGGCGAGAACUUCCCAUUAUGCCAUCUCGAUACCAACGGAGGAAGGCCGCCAACGGAUAUCAUCACCAACCUCUUCAAAAACACCCCCAAUGAUGGUCUCAUUGUGGCGUGGCUUCCAUUCUACCUCUGGGCUCAGGUUAUGCCAACGCGACCAGACACACUAAUGGACCUCCUAAACACGCAUAACUACGACUGGGAGAAACCGGCAGAAAUGAACAAAUUCAUUGGGCGAACGAUAGGCGAAGGACUCAUCGUCGCCGAAGGCGAUAAACACAAAGCCAUGCGAAAGGCCGUCGCCCCAGCCUUUUCCGGGCGACAUAUACGUGAUCUCGUCCCCCUGUUUUACACUAAGGGCUCGGACUUUGCAGACUCGCUAGCCCGUCAAACCAAACAGUCUGCCGACGGCUCGGUGGAAAUUAUGGGCCAAAUGUCUCAUGUCACGCUCGACAUUAUCGGUGCGGCGGGUGUAGGUAAAGACUUCAAGACGAUUGAGAACGACCAGGAUCCGCUGGCCAAGUUAUAUGCUACUCUGACGGACGAGAACCGAGGCCCGGUUCUGCUGUUCUAUUUCAUUACGGCAUGGAUGCCAGCAUGGUUCAUUCGGCGCUUGAGAGGGACAGUAUACGCGAGGUUCGACGAAGCGCGUAUCCGACUACGGGAGGAUGCUCGUGCCUUGAUGAGAGAAAAGAAGCAGAUGAUGCUGGACAAGCCAGAGCAGCAGAAAGACAUUAUUGCUACCAUUAUGAGGUCUGGCGACUUUUCAGAUGAUUAUCUCGUUGAUCAACUGCUCACUUUCCUUGCUGCAGGUCACGAUACAACUGCAUCCGCGUUGACGUGGACGAUCUGGUUGCUCUGUAUGCAUCCUGAGAUACAAGAACGCUUGCGAGCUGAAUGCAACGCCCAUCUGGCCGACAAGCCCGCUUCAGAAGUUGACGCCACGACGUUCGACUCCGAGACAAUGCCCUAUCUCACAGCAGUUUGCAACGAAACUCUACGCCACCAUCCGUCCGUAACCGCAACGGUCCGCAAUUCUGUCAGACCAACCAUGAUCGGACCCUACCACAUUCCUGCUGGCACACCUGCUUUGAUUGCUCCUUGGGCCAUCAAUCGCGACCCUGCUCUCUGGGGUGACGACGCCCACGAGUACAACCCGGACAGGUGGUUGAACGGGCCAAAUGCCGCAAAUGGCGGAGCCCAGAGUCCAUUGCAUCUGAUGACCUUCAUUCACGGACCGCGAAGCUGCAUUGGACGAGAAUUCGCGCGUCUGGAAAUGAAGUGUUUGCUAGCAACGUUGAUAAAGAGGUUCCGGUUCGAAGUCGCGGAUCCAGAUGCAAAGGUCGAGAUUGGAGGAAGUCUCACUAUCAAGCCGCAUGGCGGGUUGAGAUUGAGGUUGCAUGAUCUAAAGGCUGAGGUUGACUCAAAAACUGAUGCUACGGCUUGAGGUAGCAUGACAGUAGUGGCCUGGUCAUCAUGACUGCCCUUGUACCGUAUGUAAUACUAGUGGUCUCCGCAAUUUUGACACAUUUCAAAUUCCCCAACCACU